AUGAAUUAUCAAGAUGAUAAAAAUGAAUUAGCAAUAUUAAAAGAAUUCCAAUUUGCUGAUGAGAAUAUUACAACAUUAUCAACUGAACCGAUCAUUUCUUUUAAAAAUAAAUUUACAAGUAAACUGCUUAACUUCAAAAACCUUUCGGAACCAAUUAAUUCUCUAUCUGCAGAGUUGCCAAAAAUUCAUGAAUGGGAUUUUCCAAAUUUUGAUGAUUAUAACAAUGAUCCAUCACAUGUGUAUUUUAAUUAUUUAAUUGGCCAAUAUAUGAGAAUGCUUACUAAUAAAUAA